UCAUGGGUCCGCCCUGCCCAAUCAAUCAUCACAGCAAGCACCAGGUACAUCCUCACAUGCUCAAUGACAAUCGCCUUCUCGCUAUUAUACCUCCAACACCAAAACCCGAGCAUCCCUUGAAAUCACCACCAGACCAUGGGCCACCUAGAAUCCAUGGAGGCGUGCUCAACGUGCGCCAAUCUCCUAUCCGCAGCUCCCGCCUACUCUGAAAAGCCCCUACCCGACGACCGCAGGGUAGCCUGCUGCGCGCGGGUCAUCUGUGGCAAGUGUAUCCAGUCAAAUCGCAGAUUUGCAGAGUACUGCCCUUAUUGCCAAAUAUCAUCCGGCCCCUCAGCGCUGCCCCAGGGCCUGAGGGAUCCGCCUGCGUAUGAGGCAGCACCAGCAGCACCCAAGGCGUCGUCACACGACACAGCGCCACCACCAUACACACCACCCUCGACGGCCGCCCAUGUGAGUAACGAGAAAGGAGCGCUCGCUGCCGCCGCCGCGCAAAAGGACUCCGACGACGCGGAAGACACACUGCAUUUCCUCAACCACAACCACGACACCGUCUCCUCGCUGUCUCUUCGCUACGGCGUCCCAGCCUCCGCGCUCCGCCGUGCGAACAACUUGACUUCAGAUCAUCUCCUCCUCGGCCGACGGACCGUCCUCAUACCAGGCGCGUACUACAAGGGCGGCGUCAGCCUGUCGCCGAGGCCGGUCGAGGGCGAGGACGAAGAGCUCAGGAAGGCCAAGAUCCGGAGGUUCAUGACCUCGACCAAGGUAUCCAAGUACGAGGUCGCGCUGCUGUACCUGGAGCAGGCCGACUACAACCUCGCCGCGGCGGUGGAGGCCUACUUUGUCGACGAGGCGUGGGAGAAGGAGCAUCAGUUCCCCGGUCACGGCAAGGCGGCAAAAAAGGGAAAACAGAAAGAUGGAACAAACUCCUCUUGGAACAGCAGCCGUCUGCCCUAGACGGCUGGGUCGUGUCGUACAUACAAAUAGAUCCCCACGCUCGACGCCAACACCCCUGGAUAUAUAGGUCCGAGUAGUGUA